AUGGGGCUGGUAGGACAGGGUGGGGUCGAGGAUGAUGAGUUCGAGCUGUGGGAUGGAGAGCCCAUCUCUACUACGGCUGCUCUUGCUGACCGUGUCUCUGUGCUGCAGGCCCAACAAAGGUCAGUGCACUUCUCUGGCUGCAGGCCCAAAGUGUUAGGAGAGUCUCUGACUUCCAGCUUUACAAGAGUCAGCCCAGUCAGCCCUCUGUCCUUUGUCCCUCCUCUCCACCCCCACCCAGCCUCCCUGACUCUCAGGCCCAGCCCAGCUCAGCUGUUUAUUGGUGAGUAUCUUCAUCUGAGCUGUGAGGAAGACUCUGCUGGAUGGACGGUGAAGAGGAACACGACCACAAAAACCCUGACAGAGUGUGGAGACACCUGGGGAAAACUAAGAGCUUCCUCCUGUAGAAUCAGUUAUACACACCCAUCAGACAGUGGAGUUUACUGGUGUGAGUCCAGAGAGGGAGCAACCAGCAACACCGUCAACAUCACCGUCACUGCUGUGAUCCUGCAGAGUCCUGUCCUUCCUGUGAUGGAGGGAGCUGCUGUGACUCUGAACUGUACAACCAGGACUCCCUCCAGCCUCCCAGCUGAUUUCUAUAAAGAUGGCUCCCUCAUCAGGACUGAGUCUACAGGACAGAUGACCAUCCACCAUGUUUCCAAGUCUGAUGAAGGCCUCUACCACUGCACCAUCUCUGGUUAUGGACAGUCUCCACCCAGCUGGCUGGCUGUGGCAGUUUUACCUCCAGCUACAACACCAACA